GGGUGGCAAUGCAGGGGCGGGUGGCCAUUUAUAAACGGCCUCUCCGCCCCCUGCUUGUACGUGCUCCCUGGGAGCGUGCAGCACCGCAAUCCGUCGUACGGGACCUCUGUGCGAGGUCCCGAUCACGUGAUCACUGAUUGGCCAAUCAGUGAUCACUACUUGUGAAAUCUGUGAAUGAUCACAGAGGUCACAUGGUACAAGGCUAUUCACAACAGCCUUGUACCAUGUGACAAGCUGUGACCAAUCACAGCUCACCCAGUA